GGCAGGGGAGACAACAUCUUCUCUCGAGUCAAGCCUAGAUCAACUGCAAUAAUCAAAUAAUAAGCUUUCCAAAUCCAUCCUUUAGUCAGAGAUUUUGCUCUUAUGUAUAAUUGAUCAUCUACAUAAUAUUUACGUCUACCGGCUCACUGUGUCUUCUCAGGACCGUGGCGUAUACCGCUUGCUAUUGGCGGUCUCCCUCAUAACCAUUACUGUAUAUCGAUUCUGGUAUUUCAACCGUAUUGGACUCGCUACCCAUGGAGCCUCACGAUGGUCUAUAUGGUCCUCCACCACCUUAUUCGGAAACGGAUAUCCAUCGUCAUGCACAUGGCUCGCGCAAUGGCCAUCUGAGCGGUGCCGACGACGAUGCAUCGAUUGCACCCUCCUCGUCCCACAGCAAUAUUAUUGACACCCCGCCAGAGUCGCCUCAUGAUGCCCAUUUUAGCUUCGCUGGUCCCAACGAUGAUCACCGUUUAACCAGUUCAGCUCAGGACUAUUUUGACUCACGUCCCCCGCGUCGGUUGUCGCAUGAGCCAAAUCUCAGUGUCGUGGUGGAAAUUACGCUAGAUGCUACGCCGGCUGAUUUCCCAUACCCUAACUGGGCUCCUGAUCGUGAUGUAUCAGAGCAGGAUUGGCAGACAUUUAUCAACUAUCUCCUCCCGGGACAUGCAGCAAGGGCAAAUUCUCACAUUAUAGACCGCAAAAUACGCGUCGCCAGUGAUGCCCAAUCCUCCGCUAGUGAAGCCAUUACGAGAGCACAGCUCACACCACUCAAGUCUUCAACAAGCGCGUCUACCAGUACUCACGACUUCGAUGCAACGCUUCGCGAAUGGAAUAAUGGUUUCUUUGAGCCGCGGGGUGUGACAGUACGCUGUACACCCCUUACCGAACCCGCCGCGGAACCAGGCAUACGGAGGGCGAAUCCAGCUGAUCCAGAGCAUAGCGAAGAUCAAUCUCAGCAGUCGAGAAGCUGGUGGAGAAACCCAUUUGCUUUCAUCAAUGAUAAUAACGGGAGUCUUCGUCUUGGACCUCUGCACAUCGAGGGUGAUCGUGUAGCGGUAGGCUCUAGUUUCGAAGCUGAUAGCAAUGGGGUCCGUUGGCAAGGGCAAUCUAAUGGCGCUCCAUUAUUCGAAGCUUCUUCUAGAGGCGUUCGUUGGAGUGGACAACCUAGUCCUAGCAUAGGACAUCCAUUUGCUCACCAGUAUGGUCCGUGGGCCGGGCCUUUCGGUGGCGGGCGCGGACGUGGUCGUGAUCAUGGGCAUGAGCCCAGACGGAGAAAUCACUCCCGCAGCUCAACUAGUUCAUCGAGCUCAUCUCAAUCUACGGACUCUGACUCUUCUAUCGGCAGUCUCCCUAGUUGGGAUGAUCUGAAGGACGUGCAAUUGCCAGUAACGAAGCAGUCGAUCCACGCGUGGUUAUCGCACCCAGACCAACCUGUCACCAAGGACAUGGUCAAGCAAGCCGAGAUAGAAAUCGAGGCUGCGAAGAACUUCUCAACCCCGCCGCACGACCCAUCAUGGGACAAGGCGAGGGAAAACCUGCGUCGUGAAGUCAAGGACCUGCUCCAGCAGUUUAAAGUCCUCAAAAAACAACAGAAGGCAUCAAAGAAAAAGGCACGCAAGGAGCAUCGCCAGCAGAAGCGGGCCCUGAAACAAGAGCGACGUGAAAGAAAGCAUACCGAAAGGCACGAGCGUCGCGCUCAUGAACAUGAGAGCCGUCGCUCGGAGCGCGCAACACGCCGUGCGGAGCGGGAUGCAGAGCGAAAUGCGCGCCGGUUUCGCCAUCAUCGUACUGCACCAGGGCCCUCUGUUCCUCACCCUGCAGCACCUCCUUCAUUCCCCCCAUUUCCCGGGGGAUUCGGAGCGCUAUUCGGUCGAGGUUCUUUCGGACAAGGGCCUCCCCAUGCAUCAGUGUCUGGGUUUCAUCGAGGCUUUGAUGGUCGCGGUCGCGGCCGCGGCCGCGGCCAUGGCCCAGGUCGAGACGCAUCCUACAACGUCGCCGAACAAGCGAACCACGCCGCCGGGAAAGACCUUGAGAGUACAUUGGCCCAGGCGGAAAGGGUCCGAGAAAAUGCCUUAGCCCUCGCUACGGAGCAACAACGGGCCGCACGAGCCAUGGCAGCGGAGGAGAGCCGACGGGCAGUGGAGGAGAGUCGACGUGCGGUGACCGCGGCCGUGUCGCGCGCCGCAGCCGACACCAAGCUCGCCCAGGCCUGUGUUCUGGAAGGACAGCUUUCCGCGAAAACUGCACAGAUACAGGCUCUUGAAAUUCGUAUUGCCGAUGCUGAUAAGUGGGGACAUGGGGAGAAGAAAAUGAGCGUGGAUGCCCGCGCCCACGAUCUUCAGGCUGUGGAGAGGCUGGAGGAAGAGAUGGCGCUCCUUGCUCGAAAAGUCGAAACCUUAAGAUUCGAGGCUGACGAGGAGUUGGCAAGAGGGCUUGCGGAUGGAGAUGAAAAUUGGGCAGGAUAUCGAUAGGAGUCAGGUUUCAGGGUGUAUUAUGUAGUGUGCAUGGGAUAGGUUUUCUCAAGGACGAUGUGUAUCUCUAUCUACUAAUUUCGUAUUGCUAUAUAUACCAUGGAUUUGUUGAUAUGAUA